AUGGGCGUUUUCACCAGCUCUUGUUCGCCCAGGCUCUUCUGGCCAGAUAUAUCCGCGCGCGUCUCCACGAACAGCGCGUCCGGCGAACAGCGUACACUGCGCGAACUCGUACUCGAGCAUUGCCCUAGCCUUUCUUCUCCAUUCAAUCCUGUAUGGUGGCUCUUCAAUGGGCACAUGCAGACCAUGUACUCUGCCCUCGCGGACUUCACGCAAGUAGACAAAGUUGAAUAUGACCGCGUUUUCCUGAGAUUGAAAGAUGGCGGGACGCUAGGCCUUGACUUCACGCCUCCGAGGAGUGCAGGCCGCACUUUUUCAGAUGACACGCCUGUAAUCGUCGUGCUACAUGGUCUCACAGGAGGGUCGUACGAGUCGUACGUGCGUGCCGUCCUCGCCCCGGCUAUUACGCCGGCAUCGGAAGGCGGUCUCGGAUAUCGCGCCGUUGUGCUGAACUCACGGGGAUGCGCGGGCGUCCCUUUGACUUCGCCGAGUUUGUACUGCGCGGGUAGGACAACAGAUUUGCGAUCGGCAUUGCUAUAUUUGCAGACGUUGUACCCAAAGGCGCCACUCCUCGGCGUGGGUUUCUCAUUGGGAUCUUCAGUGUUGACGAAAUAUCUCGGGGAGGAAGGCGAGGAGAGCCGGUUGACCUCUGGUCUCGGUCUCGGUGUACCCUGGGACUUGUUGCAGAUGAACGACCGGCUCAACAACAACUGGUUCAACCGGAACGUGUACUCCAAAGCACUGGGUAAAAACUGCGGGGCGCUUCUUAUGCGGCACGCCGCCGAGUUGGCACAAUGGCCCGACUCGUAUCUCACCCGCAUCUUGCCCGAGGUCGUCGGCCGCAAGACUUUGUUGGCCGUUGACUUCGAUGAACUUGUAUCGCGCGUUGUUUCCGGGCCGUCACCUCCGUGGCCUUUCCCCAGUGCACUCGCGUUCUACGAGUAUUGCUCGCCAAAUCAGUACUUGCCAGGCGUGCGCGUGCCGUAUCUCUCACUUGACUCAGAUGAUGAUCCCAUCGCGAAUGGCUCCCCGAUCGACAGCGUCAACCCAUGGGUGACACUUGGUUUGACUGCUGCAGGUGGCCAUCUUGGCUGGUUUGAGAAGGAGGAAGGAGAGAUACGCCGCUGGGUUCGCAAACCUGCCCUGGAAUGGUUCCGCCUAACAGCCGAGCGUGUACAAGUCUUCAAACACACAAGGCCGCGGGCAAUCAUCGAACGCGAUGGCUGGUUAAUCGAUGCGGGUGACGAGGAGAUGGCAGUGACUCUGAUAGACGGAGAGCCCCAGGUCGUGAAAGGUUCUGAAGCUACAGACGGCUUGCUUGCAGGCCUUUGA